AUGACUGAUUUAUUACUUUUCAUUACACAAUUUUGGUAUAUUUCUAUACCAGCAGUAUUUGUCGUUUGUCGCUUGGCCAAAUACUUGCAUUUACGGUAUGUUAUCAAGCAGUUGGGUGCUAAGCCGUUUACAAAUGUUCGAAAAGAUGGCAGGUUUGGUUUCAAAUCUGGUAAAGAUGCAAUAAAGGCUAAAAAUGAAGGAAGAGGCAUCGAUGACGCACAAGAACGAUUCUACCUUGUUGAUAAUCCUCAAGUGCCCACAUAUCGCGAGUUGAUAUUUGGUACCCCGCUUGUGUUUACAAAAGAUCCUGAAAAUAUCAAGGCUAUGCUAGCUACGCAAUUCUCCGAUUUCUCGUUGGGCCACAGGUAUACUUAUUUCAAGCCAUUGUUGGGUAAAGGCAUAUUCACUUUGGACCACGAAGGAUGGAGAGAUUCAAGAGCAAUGUUGAGACCACAGUUUGCAAGAGAACAAGUUGCUCACGUUAAUUCAUUAGAGCCACAUAUUCAAUUUUUGUUCAAGCACAUUGAUAAGAAUAAUGGUGAAUAUUUUGAUAUACAGGAAUUGUUUUUCAGAUUUACAGUCGAUUCAGCUACAGAGUUUUUGUUUGGUAGUUCUGUUUCUUCAUUGCAAGAUGAAUCCAUUGGUUGUGAUACCAGUAGCUUGGAUUUUGCUGGUCGAAAGCAAUUUGCAAAAUCUUUUAACAUUUCUCAGAACUACUUGGCCACAAGAAGCUUGAUGCAAAAUUUAUACUGGUUAAUUAAUCCAAAAGAGUUUCAGCAGUGUAAUCAAAUUGUUCAUGAAUUUAGCGACUAUUAUGUGAAAAAAGUGCUUUCUUAUUCACCAGAAGAACUUGAAAAAAAGAGCAAUGGAUAUGUCUUUUUAUACGAAUUGGCUAAACAAACAAGGGACCCAAUAGUAUUGAGAGACCAAGCAUUGAACAUUUUGUUGGCAGGCAGAGACACAACAGCCGGUUUGUUAUCAUUUGCUAUAUUUGAACUAGCCAGAAAUCCCGAUUCAUGGCAAAAGUUGCGUGAAGAAGUGUUGGACAAGUUUGGUCCAAGUGAAUUACAAGAUAUAACUUUUGAAAAUUUGAAGAAAUGUGAAUACUUGAAGGCAGUAUUAAAUGAAACUUUACGCAUGUAUCCUUCUGUUCCUAGAAAUGCUAGAGUUGCAACAAAAAAUACUACAUUACCUCAUGGCGGAGGACCCGAUGGUGCAUCACCUAUAUUCAUUCCAAAAUCAAGUACAGUUGUGUAUAAUAUAUCAGCAUGUCAAAUGGACCCAAGGUACUAUGGAAAAGAUGUGAAACUAUUCAGACCUGAAAGAUGGUGGGAAGAAUCAACUAGGAAAUUAGGUUGGGCUUAUUUACCAUUUAAUGGUGGACCAAGAAUUUGUUUGGGUCAACAAUUUGCUUUAACUGAAGCGAGCUACGUUAUAACUCGAUUGGCUCAAACUUAUUCCAAAUUGGAAUUGAAACCGGGAUUCAAGUACCCUCCUCUUAAAUUGUCCCAUUUGACAGCUUGUCUUUAUGAAGGAGACUGGGUCAAAAUGGAGAAAUGA